AGUAGUUUGAUGCUAAUUUAUCUUCAACGUUCUGGAAUGCGAUGAUAAGACAAUAUGAGUUAUACAGGCCGCAAAAAGGCUUAUUCCUGCUGCAUAUUUCGGCAUAAGCUUAUCAUGCCCAGUUGUUUCGGUCAGCUCAGAUCAUGUACUCCAAUCACUGGGUCUUACAUCAAUGUAGGGAUGAAUGGCGUGCGAUCGGACAACAGUGCCAACCCUGUGUUUCUCUCUAUUUCAGACGCCAUGUUUACAAAUACACUACAGCAAUGGGCAUCUUGCUACCUGUGCCGUAGAUACUCAAUUUUAUCUCUCUCAGACACUCCCGACAUAUCGAGACCCCUUUCACAGUCUAAUAUUGCUAUGCCUUAAUCUGGAUCGGCACCUUCAUCUGGUUAGCCACUACGAAGCUCAAUAACAGUUACAGGACCGAAACAAUGGAUGACGCGGAGACUCUGACGGAGGCUCUUCUGCCAGCAUCUCAGGACUAUCAGACAUUCAGCACAGAGAGACCGUCGCAAGAAGAAGCAGAAGACCUUCGAGCCAUCGAGCAUGACACGCUACCAGAGACGGCCACCUACGGCAGGAAUCUCAACUGGUCCAGUGCCUACAUCCUCGUCAUAUCCAGAGUCAUAGGGAGCGGGAUAUUUGCGACCCCAGGAGCGAUACUGAAGUCGGCGGGAAGCACCGGUUUGGCACUGGUAUUAUGGGUCGUCGGUGCUAUUUUAUCAGCAUGCGGUCUCGCGGUCUCCCUUGAAUAUGGAUGCAUGCUGCCUCGGUCCGGUGGAGAUAAGGUCUAUCUCGAGUUUACCUAUCGACAUCCUAGGUUCCUCGCCUCAACCCUGAUAGCCGCACAAGCAGUGCUUCUAGGCUUCACAGCCAGCAACUGCAUUGUAUUUUCCAAGUACAUAUGGUUUGCGCUCAAUGUGCAGCCAACGGAGUUCCAAAAUAAAGUCUUGGCUGCCGGCCUAUUAACGAUUAUAACGUUCGUGCACGCCCGAUUUCUGAAGACAGGCAUUUGGAUCCAGAAUAUGCUAGGGUGGAUCAAGGUCUUCCUAGUUGCCAUAAUGGCAAUCACUGGCCUGUUCGUGAUUACAUUUCAUCAUCAAAAGGAUACCGAUAUUGGGUCUUCUUCCACGGCUGCUGCGACGGCCUUGCUUUCCUGGGAUGAACUCUGGAGAGAUACUAACUGGAGCUGGGGAACCAUCUCCACAUCCCUCUUCAAGGUCUUCUACUCAUAUGCUGGCCUGAGUAACGUCAAUAAUGUCUUGAAUGAAGUCAAGAACCCGGUUCGCACUCUAAAGACUGUCGGUCCGGCUGCUCUUAUCACGGCGUGUGGCCUCUAUCUUCUGGCCAAUGUAUCUUACUUUCUCGUGGUUCCGAUCCAAGAGAUCAAAGAGAGCGGGGAAUUGGUCGCAGCCCUAUUUUUUGAACGGGCCUUUGGACCUCAUUUGGGCAGAACGAUCCUCCCUUUAGCCAUCGCAAUUUCAGCAGCUGGAAAUGUGAUGGUGGUCACAUUCACUCUUGCACGAGUGAACCAAGAAGUGGCCCGCCAAGGCUUCCUACCUUUUGCCAGGACGCUAUCCUCCUCUCGCCCUUAUAACUCUCCCCUGGGUGGUCUUAUCGUACACUAUAUCCCAUCUAUAUUGGUGAUAACUCUUCCACCGCAAGGUGAUGUCUAUAAUUUCAUUCUUGACGUGGAAGGCUAUCCCGGCCAGUUCUUUGCGUUGGCGAUUACAGUUGGUCUUCUGCUUUUACGUUAUCGACGUCCUGAUCUCGAAAGACCGUUUAAAGCCUGGCUACCUGCUGUGUGGCUAAGGAUUAUUGUAUGCCUAGCUUUGUUGGCAGCACCAUUCUUCCCGCCUCCGGGCUGGAAAGGGGACGUGGAUUUCUUCUAUGCUACUUAUGCCGUAGUUGGCGUGGGAAUAAUCCUUUUCGCUGUAAUCUACUGGUAUGUAUGGACGGUUUUGCUACCUAGAUGGAGAGGAUAUACUUUGGAAGAGGAGGUUGAAGUUCUGGAGGAUGGGACCAGCAUUACGAAGCUCGUCCAUUAUUAUAAAUCAUAGACUA